AUGACGCCUACGUCCACGGUGCCUCAGCCAGCCGUCGUCGUGCCGGCUCAGCUGGGGUUUCUGGCCAUCUUUAACCCUUCCUUGGGCGCCACCGACGAUACCAUUGACGACCAGAUUGUCUACUAUGCCUCGGUGAGCUCACAGGAGCAGCAUACGGCGCGGAAAAGACACCGCGGAUCCAAGUCGCGACCUACCGAGGCUCUGUCGCAGGACGAGCGCAAUGAGCGGUUGCGGCAGAUCGGUCUCGCCCAGGGCAUGGUUGAAUUUGGGCGCGGAUUCGCCGGAGGAAAACCUAUCGAUGUAAUUGAGACGCAAAAGGCACGGGUUGUCCUCCGAGAAUUGGAGCCGGGCUGGUGGAUUCUGGCUUCUAUCGACCUUACCAGGCUUCCACUUCCACCGCGGUUAGGCGGUUACGUUGACGAUGACGACUCCGAAAACGUCGAAUACUCUGCACGCGAAUUGAAGCCAGCCGCGCUCCUUUUACAGGAUCUGCUACGAGCUCACUCGACAUUUCUCCUACACCACGCGGCAUCCCUUAGUGCUCUUUUCGUACGAUCAAAGAGGUCAAAGUUUGUGACAUUGUUGAGUCGAUACUGGGAUCUGUUCUCGUCGACCUGGAACGUCAUGCUCCACGGUAACCCGGCCUGUUCCGUAUUCGGAGGCAUCAAGGUCGCGUCGUGCGGAGAAUUGGGUGUUGGUGUCGGCGAGGAAGAUCGAGGCAGUGGAGAACGUGAAGUCCUCGAAGGGUUUGUUGAUCGAGUCGAAGGACUUGUGGACCUGGUUGUCUCCAAAUUCGGCGAAGCCGACCCAGAUAAAAUUGCCGAAGAAGAGGCCGCGGGCCGAUCAAUAGAACAUAGAUGGAUCGGCACGGGAGAAGAGCCUGGUGCUGAGGAUGGUGCCAUAUUCCUGGGCAUUGGUGCUUUAUCCAGACACUCACUACGCGAUCUCACGCGAUGGAUGGAGGACAUUUAUACUUGGGGUGAAGAUGCAUAUGGCGUAAAGGAGAAUCCCACCUCGACAAGAACCAGGACGAGACGGCAGCGGCGCAAAUCUGUGAACAUUAAUGAUCAGGCAAAGCAAGAACCGGAAGCCUCGAACGACGCAAAGGGCGAUGAACCCCAGACUCAGGAACCCCCGGCAGCACAGGACGCACAGGAGGACAACAAAGAUACCACGGACGCCAGUGGUGCCAGUAGACUGGUCAACUAUCUGAAGCUAGGGUAUGGCACACAUUGGUCGUUGGGAAGCUCCGAGAAUUCAACGAACACUGAAACCAAAUCUACUACCAAGGAUGACGAGCCAGUGGUUAGGCCAAGAAUUGAAGCUAGAAGCUCAUCUCGGCAAAGCGCCAAAGAGGCCGCGGGUCAUUUCCUGAUCGGUCUUCAGGGAGACGUUGAUGAUGACGGCAGUAUUCAUAGUGCCGGCGACUCUGACCAAGAACAGAUUGAAUCCCGCACACGAUUGAGGACGCUGACAGUUGAGCUGGAAAAAGAAGCACGCGAUCUUCCCGAAGAAGAAAAGACCCAAGACUUGGGCAGUGGUGACCAUGAGCUCAAGGCCGCCAAAUCCGGGCGGAAGAACGCCAUGGACAGCAAUUCGCACUUUGACAGCCAAGAUCGCAACAAGACGAAGCGAAUGCGAGUGGUUGUUUAUGUCAGCAAGCCUUUCAUCUAUACCUUUCUAUUUGAGAAUCGAACAGAUUCGUUGGCGUGGGACAGCCUCUACAAAUCGUUGCACCACCAGCUUGAGCCUCUGCGAAAGCCACUGGCUUCGUCGACCUUGUAUCGUCCCGGCAAGCCAGACGCUGGAGCAAAAGCGAGUCACAUUUUUGACUUGAUAUGGGAUCCAAAGUCUCUGAUAAUUCAUUCUACUAUUCCCAGUAUUCCGGAACCCAUAUCGGUGACGAGGCCAGAGACAAGGCAGCCGAGCACUUGGACCAGGUUAGAGGCCCUGAGUACACAUAUGCAAAUGCUGCAGACUUAUGGUGGGACGCGAGAUGACCAUAGCGAACUCGAGCGGACUUCUAAGACAAGUCGAGGCUGGUGGGUUGUGUGGACGCGUGUGCUGGAGAGUCGUGAGACAACAAUAUCUUCGAGCGGAGACAUCAAGGCGCCACCUUCGUUGCCAGGAGAGAGCAGCCAAGACUCUGAGAUUUCUAACGCGACAGGCGAUUCUGCGAGUAGCGCUUUCCCCAGCGUGGUUUCUGCUGCGACUGAAAAUGUUGCGACUACGGGAAAUGCCGAAGUCGAUUCUGGAGCUACGCCUACGCCACAUGAGAUGAGUCAAACCCGUCGCAAAGGCAGAAAGCUCAAGGUCAGCAAAGAGAUCUUCCUAAUCCGACGAGCAGGCGAGAGCGCCUCUAGAAGAAAUAGCAGCCUAAGUCAGAUAUCCGAGGGAAGAGAGGGAUGGAUGGACGGUGCCAGUAGGCUGGCCCAGGGCAUAGGUGUUGACACAAAGAGGUAUAUUGAAGACUUGCUGAGUCUUGCCCAGUAA